GCAGCGACACCAAAGGCGUGGGGACAAGCUGGUGACUGGGGCUGCCUGUGGCCUUUCUCCACUUCUGACCACCUCGGACGUUGCUUUUGUGAGCCUUGAGAGUGAAGCAACGAGAGGCGGGUCUGAAACCCCACCUUCAACCAUGCCCUGCCCAGAGCUGCUUCCCCCCCCCGCCACCCUGGGGAGCACAGCCUGGAGGAUGCAAACCCUGCAGGAGCUGCUGCGCCUCAGCCCACCCCACCGUCUGAAGGAGGGAUGCCCACAGGGCCAGCACUGCACCGCAGGAAACACACAGGAAAACUACAGUUUCUGUGCCAGGCUGCACUCCCGGGCACGGAGCCGUAUGCCCCAAAAUAAAAAGCAGCCCUCCAAAACACAAGAGGCAAGCUGAAUCGCUAUAGUUGACCUCCUAAAACAACAACUUCGUGGCAAAGCAAUGAAUUUACUUUUUGAGUACUUUCGUUUCUCGUGCACAUAUCUUUAUGUCGCAACUUUGAUUCUGACAACACUCUGUUGACCAAUUAUGCACAAACACGCAAAAUAUGCAUAAAAUUUUAUCCCACCCCCAAAACCCAACACCUCGAAGGUGCCCUCCCCACCAGGUGAGAGUCCUGAAGCCCUGAGCGUCUGGUUCUGGGAUAUAAACCCCAGAUAUGUCCUCAGACACUCCCAAUUCCCCCCUCGCGCUAUAACCGGGGCCCCAGAAGCCCCGCCCACCGCUCAGCCCUGCCGGGCCCCGCCCCCGCAUGCAAAUCACCCGCCAUUCAGCCAAUAGGGGGACAGGGGGCGUGACCACGGCGGGACUUGCCCGGGCAUGUGUGAGCGGCGGCUUCCGGGCGGGACACGUGGGGAGCGCGGCGGGACCGCAGGAAUGCCACCUGGCAAAGGGCAGAUGACCCCGCUGCUGCCCGCCCCGACGGUCUCUGCGCCCACCCUGCAGGGCACCCAUGACCCCUCGGCGGUGGGCUGCCCUCAGGCCCCGAAGGGUCCCAGCUCGCCGCAGAGCCGCAGCAAGAAGAAGAGCCGUAAGCACCAGCGGUUCCUGGAGCGCCGGGCGCUGCUGGAGCAGAAGGGGCUGCUGAGCCCCCGCGAGCACAGGAGCACUCAGACCCCCGUGGCGGGGCCAGAGGCACACGCCACCCUCACCAAGGCAAAUGGCACCACGACACAGCGCUCUGGCAAGGUCCCCAAGCCCAAACGGGUCAUCUCUGCAUCCCUGUCCCCAUCUGCCUCUCCGGACAGUAUAGCCAGGCACCACUCUGUGCUGCUGUCCCAGGGGAACGACAGCUCCAAGAAGGUGAGAAUGUCCUCACUGGUCCUGCGCCCGGGCAAGUACGUGGCCAUUGACUGUGAGAUGGUGGGCACCGGCCCUCAGGGCAGGCUGAGUGAGCUGGCACGGUGCUCCGUGGUGAACUACGAGGGGGAUGUCAUCUAUGACAAGUACAUUCAGCCCGAGCUCCCCAUCGUGGACUUCCGGACACGCUGGAGUGGCAUCACCAAGCACCACAUGAAGAGAGCGAUUCCCUUCAAGGCUGCCCAGGCAGAGAUCCUGAAGAUCUUGAAAGACAAGAUUGUGGUAGGACACGCCAUCCACAAUGACUUCCAAGCCCUGAAGUACUUCCACCCAAAAGACAGGACUCGAGACACCAGCCAGAUCCCUGUGCUGAAGCAGAGGGCAGGGCUGCCUGUCAGGGCCAACGUCUCACUCAAGAACUUAGCCAGGCACCUGCUCCAUAAAAGGAUCCAGGUUGGCCAUAGAGGACACUCGUCGGUGGAAGAUGCUCAGACAGCCAUGGAGCUGUACAGACUGGUGGAGGUGCAGUGGGAGAAGGAGCUAGCCUAUAGCCUGCCCCCCCGGCCCCCCAGCCCCGUCACAGACCCCACUGCAGACAGCAGCCAGUACUUGGAUGACCAGUACUGGCCCACAGACCUGAUGGCAAGUGGCCUGUGAUGGGGGACAGCGUCUCCUCCGUGUGUUUUGGGCCAUCCUGGUGCCUUCAGCUCUGGAAGGUGGAAGUGACCGCUGACCUCCUUCCCCAGGGCUUGUACUCCAUGGGCUCUGCCCAGUACCCAGCCCUGCACAGGGAUGGAGACAUGGUGACACCUGGACACCAGCAGUCUCCCAAAAAUGCUGUCUGCAGCCCCUAGUUUGUGCACAGAAAUGAGGGCUGUGGCUGCGCUGUGUUCAUCUGUCACUUUGGGAUGAGUAGGGUCCUGGCGUCAGCCUGGAGGAGCCCCCAUGGGCAUGUGUGGUGGGGGCUACCAGCACAUCCUCCGUGCCUUCCAUGGGAUUGUCCCCUUCCCAGAUGGAAGUGGCAGGUUUUCCUGUGGAAGGACUGAGGUGUUUUGCUGAUGCCCAAAGGUGCAAACCAUCCAGGGCCAGUAAACGAUCACCUUCCUCCUUUUUUUCAUAGACUUGUAAAAUAUGCUGAGUUGGAAGGGAUAUGUCAGGAUCAUAGAGUCCAA